UGACGCCAAGUCAAUAACUGACUGAUGAUCUUGGUCGCUCGCUUACACUGUUCAUUGUAGAUGUACUGAAAAUUAUUUUCUCUAUGCUUCAUAAGAUAAGAUUCUCUUUUCUAUCCAAGAUAAAUUAAAAAUGUAUUGGUUUUUUUAAAUUAUUAGGCCGUACAUAUUUGAUAUUUAUAUGAUUGCGUUCGGUAGCAUGAAACAAAGAUCUGGUGGAUGCCUGUAUCUUGUCACCGUACACAAUCUAAUUAUUUUUUUUUUUGUUAAAACAUUUUGGUGUGGUAGGGGGGUGGCGAAAAAAAAAAAGCUAUGACGCGAAGCACGAGGGCUUGACCUCUGACCUAACUUAUGGAACCACCAAGUAAAAUCACUGAUAAUUUUUUUUUUUUAAAUGCAUAAAUUAAUCACGUAUCUUAUCAUCCUUGUGUGUACAUUCUGUGAGGUAGAGUUUUGAGAACCAUUGGUGAUGUCCACGCCAUCAGUGAUUGAAAAGCAGGCAGUGAUCACAAAGAUGUGUGGGAGCUCGUGGACCAGCUUGCUGCUGUGUUCAUUCUUUGUACAAUUCAUUUCAGGUAAUGAUGAGGGGGGGGGGGGGGGGGGGGAGGGGAGAAAACCCACCCUAGGUGCCAUCUUCAGAGGGCUUCAAAAUCGUCAGGUAAUUUUUAAAAAAAAAGAGCAAAAUAUGCGUAUAUUUUUUUUUGGGGGGGAAGGGUUCUCAAACACAGGAUUCCAUCCGGUUACAGGCAAAGUUCGCCUAAAGGUUGGAAUAGUACUGCUGUAUCUACCGUGAAUUAACCCUAAGGAAUUUCCGUUUUCCAAGUAGCAGUCUUCAAAAUAAAAAGACUUCUACCACGUGUAAGUAGGACAUUGAAGUUUGGUGUCUAGAGAUCCUAUGGCGAAAUCCUUCUGAAUCUGGAUUUAAAACUCCCGAAUCAAACAGGCCAACAGUUUUCCCCCCAAUUCAGUGGUCCAUUUUUGUUAUGCCCCGACUUAACAGACCAACGGUUUUAUUAUUAUUAAUUUAUUAUUAAUACUGUUUGUUGAUUUUGUUGUUGCAGGACAUCUAACGACGAUGGGGACGGAAUUCGUAGUGGCAGUGCCAAAGAUGAGGUUGACCAACGACAUGGAGAACGUUUCAUCAAUUCAUUUCCUGCUGACCACGCUGUCUGCCAAUAACGUGGAGGUAAUCUGGGCGGUGUCGUAAAGGAUUGUGAAGUGUGGGAAUGUGUAGUGUCGAAAUGAGUUAGUGAAAGGACAUUGUGGUAUUUUAAUUUCUUAAGGAAAGUGUUACUGAGUGAAAUUAUGGUGAAGAAUUUUGUAGUGUUGUAAGUUGUGGUGAAGAAUUUUGUAGUGUUGUAAGUUGUGGUGAAGAAUUGUGUAGUGUUGUAAAUUGUGGUGAAGAAUUUUCUAGUGUUGUAAACUGUGGUGAAGAAUUGUGUAGUGUUGUAAAUUGUGGUGAAGAAUUUUGUAGUGUUGUAAGUUGUGGUGAAGAAUUUUUUAGUGUUGUAAGUUGUGGUGAAGAAUUUUGUAGUGUUGUAAAUUGUGGUGAAGAAUCUUGCAUGUUGUAAAUUGUGGUGAAGAAUUUUGUAGUGUUGUAAGUUGUGGUGAAGAAUUUUGUAGUGUUGUAAGUUGUGGUGAAGAAUUUUGCAGUGUUGUAAAUUGUGGUGAAGAAUUUUGUAGUGUUGUAAAUUGUGGUGAAGAAUUGUGCAGUGUUAUAAACUGUGGUGAAGAAUUUUGUAGUGUUGUAAGUUGUGGGGAAGAAUUUUGUAGUGUUGUAAAUUGUGGUGAAGAAUCUUGCAUGUUGUAAAUUGUGGUGAAGAAUUUUGUAGUGUUGUAAGUUGUGGUGAAGAAUUUUGUAGUGUUGUAAGUUGUGGUGAAGAAUUUUGCAGUGUUGUAAAUUGUGGUGAAGAAUUUUGUAGUGUUGUAAAUUGUGGUGAAGAAUUGUGCAGUGUUAUAAACUGUGGUGAAGAAUUUUGUAGCGUUGUAAGUUGUGGGGAAGGAGUUAAAAGAGUCGAACAACAUAGAACAUUCAGAGUCAUAAAAGCAUUGCUCGAGUCGUGUAGUGAGUGACUCAUCUCCACGGAACCGCUCCGCUCACCUGAACCGUACAUCUAAGAAAGUCACAAGGAUGGGCACUGAGAAGAAUUGUAUUUUUAAAAAAAAAUUAAACGAAUUAAUAUCUCCACACAAAACAGGUUCAGAUCAGCACUCCGCAUUACUCCCGCUACGAAUCUAAUGGAGAGAGUCUGAAUGAGACCAUAAUCGUUGGAGGAAACUCUGGUGUAACCUAUGACCUGGAUGCCAGAUUUCAGUGAGUGCAUGACGCCUCUGGACUAUUGACCGGACGACGUAUACUUUAAGUUAGGACACGAUGACCUUAAGCGCUACGACCUCGAUGGCGUAUUUUAGGUCUGGGACACGGUUACCUUAGGCUCUAUGACCUGGAUAACACAGUUAUGUUAAUGCAGAGGGGACCUUAAGCCAUGACCUGGAGGACAUGAAUAUUUAAGUUAGGACACGGUGACCUUGAACUAUGACCUGGAUGACAAAUUCAAGUUAGUUCAUGUUGACCUUAAGCAAUGACCCGGAGGGCAUACUUAAGUUAGGACGUCAUGACCAUGAGAAGGUUGACGUCAUAGUGGAAUAUAUCUGUAUCGCCAUAAAGACAAACAACAGGUUCCACAAAAUUUUUUUAAAAAAAAUAAUUAAAACACUCGCUGCUCCCAAACAUUUUGAAAUUUCCUUAAUGCGGGGUCGUAUCCCCCCUCCCCCCCCCCCCCCCUUUCCUGUGGGUCGCGACCUCUUUGUGGGGUCGCCUAAGAACAUCUGAACACACAAAUGCCCUACAGUUAAGAAGUAGCGGCGAAAAUAAUUUUUGCGGCUGGGGGGGGGGGGUCGGUCGCCACAACGUUAGGAACUGUAUUAAAGGGUCGCGGCAUUAGGAAGGUUGAUAACCACUGCUACAGAGUCUUAUGUGCCAUCCGGUCGACUUUAAACCGUUUCCCCGCUCUUGUCUCUCUCUCUCUGUGCAGAUCUCACCAGGAAGUUGGCCCCAAAUGGUCCUACAAGUUUGCAGGGAACGCCACGUUCUCCCUGUGUGUGCUCGCCGUUGACAACAACGAAUCGGUGUCCACCUUCCAAGCCAUCCCAGUCAGGGCGUGGGGCAAAAAAUACAUCGUCGUGACGCUGGCGUAAGAACCGCUGGACGUAGAGCUUUAUCAUUGUGGCCACAGCGGGUUAAGGACCCCAUCAGAUUAAAAUUGAAUCGGGAUAAUAGUAGAGGUUGGGCGGGAGGCGAAUUAUUUAAAAAAAAAAAAUUUAUCUAUCCAAUCACCCUCCCCACCUCCCUCCUCCCGAUUGGCAUUAACCUUAGCUACACCACUGCAAAUGAACAAUCCGAAUUUUAAUUUUUUAUUGAGAAAAUCGAAGAGAAACAUGAACGGGUUACGAAAAGUUCUUCUCUGAUGUGAUCUUAUAAGCGCGAUUUUGAAAUAAUUUAACACUAAAACAGUACAACUUAUAUAUAUAUAUCCGUUGUGAUCUUUCCAUAAGUAUUUCAUUGGACUGAACAAUUACCAUGUUCCUGUUCAAUAAUCUACGAUUGAUUUUUAAAAAUAAUUUUACAGCAGUUUAUUGUUGUUUUUUUUUGUGUGCUAAUAUCGGGAAUCUAUAAAGUGUGGGGGCUUAGAAUUUUAGGCCCAUUAGAUUGUUACCCGAAAUUUGUUUGAAUGAAAUUUCUUUCUGAAUGCACUAUACUAUAUAGUAAAACAGAAUAAUGCGUUCAAAAAGAAAAUUGACGCAAAAUUAGAUCGUGUGGACUGAAAUAAAGAUUUCGACCAAACUUCCGUUCGAUCAAAUUUUCCGUCUAUCAAUUUUCCGUCGACGAAAUUUCUUUCAAACAAAUUUCCGGAUACGCCAUCAGAUUUCGGAGAACGUAGGCUUUAGCCUACUUGGCCUAUCGGGGAAUCUGGGAGUGAUGACAUCGUCAUUUGCUCUCGGCGGCACAUUCAGUGGUGCCUGGCGCAGAGAACACUCGCCUCCUUACUUUCUUAGCAUUGGGCAACCCAUUAAAAUUAGUGAUACUUUUUCUUUCCGUGGCAUUGGGCUUAAAAAAUCUUGGCCCUCGAACUAACCCUCGCCACGACACUCUUUGGACACUGCAUCCUGUGACGGCGUAACCAUCAAGUGCGGACACAUUGUACUUACUUCACAUCAUGGCGGCGUACCAUGAAGUAUUUUCGUGUGUUUUUAAAAAAAAAAAAAAAAUGUUUUAACCACAUCAGAGUGUCGUGGUGUACAUCACGCUGGUACACAUUUUCAUCCCUGCACAUUGUGAUGGCGUACCAUCAAGUUUAAAUGCGUGUUCGCCACUGCACUCUGUGAGGGCGUACCAUCAAGUAUGUACACCUUUUCACCAAUCACGCAGAUUUUCACAGACGUACCAUCAUGAUGUAUUACCAUUACCAUCCCUCACCCUCAUCGAUGUCACGUGGACGCAUUUGUGCGUGUGUGUGUGUGUUUUGGGGGGAGGGGGAACGACACUUAAGUCUUUGAGGUUUUAAUGCCGAUCACGUGUUCUUCUCUCCCGCAGGUCCAACCCGUCCAUCCAGAUAGUGUCCGGAAGUGACGACAAUUUCGUGAUCUUUAAAUUCGUCGUGCUUAAACCGCGCCUGUCGGUCUUGUUCUUCAACUAUACCCGGAUGGAGACUGGAGGCAAUCACAGCUUCACGCUCCGACGGUAUCUUCUUCCUCUUAGCGUCAUGAUCCCAAGGUCGCAGCAUUGACCUAUGGGCUUUCUCGUUACAGAUUAGCAACAAAUAACAAACAAACAAACAAGCAAACGGGAACUUGGUGCAGAGGGGAGGCUUGACAUCCCGCAGCCCGAAACACAGAAAUAGAUGACAUUGGGCCCGCCCCCGGGGUGUUAGCACGCACGCUAGUUACUCAACUGUGAUAGAGCUGAAUCCGGGGGGGGGGGGGGGGGGGGGUGUGGGUGUGGGGAGGGGGGCUAUGGUAAGACUAUCUCUGUUCUUUUAAAUAUCUCAGUGAGAUGAUUUUAAAUUCAAAUCGAUUAAAAUCCAAAUCCAUGUUUCUCUUUUCUCGGACAGCGAUGAAGCGUACUCCGUGGCUCAGUGUCCGGAAUUCCAACCGGUCGAUAUAAUGCUGGUGCAUUUCACAGGUACAUGGCGUAGUUCAUUCACCACCAGGCGGGGCGAACUCAGAACGACAGGGGCGGAUUUGGGUUGUUUUUUUUUUUUUAAACGUGCCAGUGUUAGUUCACGUGCCAUGAUGAUUCCGUGACAGUGACACUUAUUGUCUUGAUGUGGCAGUGACAGCUACUCAGUCCUCAAUUGGAUACGCCCAUCAGUGCUGAAUCGGACGCGCCCAUCAGUGUGGGGACCAUUCUCAGAUUGACCCGCCUGGUCGUCUAGUCGUCCAUUGUUCAUCGCUGUCAAAUGAUAACAAGCUUACAGCCGUCCCUCGUCCAUUGCAAUCAGUCAGUUCUAGACUCCGCCGCGAUAAGUGAGUUUCCGCGAAGCGGGAUUCUUAAAAUUUUUCACUUACUAACCGAUUAUUUUCGUAGCUAGAGCACGGGAAAAUCUAUUCACGACCCUCGCUCUACGGGUUUUAACAUGAUUUAGACCCCCCUCCCUCCCCUCUGGGGGUGCACGAAUACCAAGGCCUACAGUCUAUAUCACAUGUGUCAAACUCAAGGCCCGCGGGCCACAUCGGGCCCGCCGAACAAUUAUAUCAGGCCCGCGAGGUCUUGACCGGCGUACAAUUAUAUCCAAGUCAACGCUAUGGUGUUUCCCAGUGCACACUUUGCUGAAAAACUUAGCUUAUUUCGCGUUGAGUUCGCACGGCGCUUUAGUGACUUUGAAGCACAGAAAUGUAAUUUUUAGCUGUUUCGUAACCCAUUCGUCAUCGACGUGGAAACUGCACCUGUAAAUUUGCAGAUGGGGCUAAUAGAUCUGCAGUGUAAUGGGACACUAAAGGCAAAGUACAACAAAGUUGGGCCUGCACAGUUUACUCGUUUCAGUCCUGAAGAGAUGCCCCAACUUCGUCUACAUGCGGCUCGAACCUAGAGCAGGUUGGGUAGCACACAUAAAUGUGAGCACCUGUUUUCUGUGAUGACAAAAUAAUCACACUUGCAGUCCAUCAAGAGAUUCUCAAUGACACAUGACGUGACUCCCAACAUAAACGAAAUUACUGGGUUUUUUGUAGCUAAGAAAAUGAGCCAAACAUCCAGCUCUGACAAUUUGGCAUCAGAACGAAAAUAAGUAUACAAAUGAUUUUUAAUUAUUAAAACUUUUUUCUGUUUUCAUUUAUAUACUUUUUUUUUAAAAAUAAAAGAUUAAUUUCCGCUUAUUGAAUGUUUAUCUUGAUCGGCCCGCAACCUUACAUGUGAUUUGAGUUUUUGCCAGCAACCUUACAUGUGAUUUGAGUUUUUGCCAGCAACCUUACAUGCGAUUUGAGUUUUUGCCAGCAACCUUACAUGUGAUUUGAAUUACAGCCCACCGAGCGAUUGAGUUUGACACCCCUGGUCUAUACGUUCGGUACUUUUAAUUUUACUACAGGGGUGUAUCAUUGAUUCGGACAACCGAGCGCGCGCUGUAUCAUUUCACUGCCUCGAUCUACCUUUUUUUAAAAUGAACGCAUGACAUGUUAUAUUUGGGAGGAAAAAAAAAAGGGGGGGGGGGGAUAAACAAAUAGAGAAAGACUCGAAAGUCUAAGCGCGAAGAGGCGAGGGUGGAGAGUGUGCUUCAAACUAUCCAAAACUCCUAUCUAAACAAAAAUUAUAAUAUUGUGCUUACAAAAAAAAAAAAAAUUUAAAAUGUGUGUUGUUUGAUUUUUCUUUCCCAGGCUCUACCAUUGAAGCCACGAAGCCGGUCGGAGUCAUCAACGGCAACUGUAGGACGUACGCC